AAGGCCGGCCAACUGGCCCUGAUCAGAGGUGGCAGUCCCGGCCCGCCCUCGUCCCAGGUGGGAAGGCGCUGCUCGGGGCAGACGAGGAGGCUGAGUCCGCCAAGUUCCAGGGAGGCCCAAGGUUUCGAAGGAGAGGCGGCGCUGGGCUGGACGGUUCCACCAACAGCCACCCAACGCCAGGAUGGUGAUGGCACUGCUGCUGCUCCCCGCACUGGCUGGCCUCUUUGGAGCAGCCGAGGGGCAAGCCUUCCACCUCGGGAGAUGCCCGACUCCUCCCGUGCAGGAGAAUUUCGACGUGACUAAGUAUCUUGGAAGAUGGUAUGAAAUUGAGAAGAUCCCAGUGAGCUUUGAGAAGGGAAGCUGUAUCCAAGCCAACUACUCACUAAAGGAAAACGGAAACGUCAAAGUGAUAAACAAGGAGUUAAGAUCUGAUGGGACUGUGAAUCAAAUUGAAGGUGAAGCCACCCAGAGCAACCUCACAGAGCCCGCCAAGCUGGGGGUUAAGUUUUUCUGGUUGAUGCCUUCUGCUCCGUACUGGGUCCUGGCCACCGACUACGAGAACUACGCCCUCGUGUACUCCUGUACCACAAUCAUCUGGCUUUUUCAUCUGGAUCAUGUUUGGAUCUUGGGAAGAAACCCUUAUCUCCCUCCAGAAACAGUGACCUAUCUAAAAGAUAUCCUGACCGCUAAUGACAUUGACAUCGAGAAAAUGACUAUCACAGAUCAGGUGAACUGCCCCGAGUCCCUGUAACGAGGCUCUAAAGGGAAGCCGCAUUCACUCCAUAUUCCUUCUUUUGCUUGGCUUUUCCCCCACCCCACUGCACCCACCCACUAACCAGCCCACCACGGCAAACCAUUGCAAAUACCAGAGGGAAAUGUGACAGUGGAAGCCAGUGUAGAGGAACUCACGGAAAGUUGGCCCAAAUGCUUAGUCAUGCACCCUGUUACCUUGCAAGCCUAAUAAUAAACUUGUUGCUGACCUGCUGUGCUCACAGUAGAUUCCGAA